AUGUGGCGGACGGGUGCGAGAACGUUUUUACUGCUGAUCGGUAUUUUAAGUUUUUGUGCAGUUAAUUUGGAUGCGGCCGACGCCAUCUGUGAGCGAAUCGAUUUUAACGAUUUCAGGACCCAAAAAGUGCGGCAAUGUUCUUUCACGAAUAAGGAUAUAUUGAGGCUAUCGACCUACACGGGAAGUGUCAACUUUCGACCGUAUCGGCCGAAUACAUCAUAUUAUCUGACUAAUGCCGUAACAGGAACUAGUUGUUGCGAGUCGGUAGAAAGUUUCUUCAUGAAUGCGUACACCGAGAUAAGAAUGCUCUAUCAGCUGGUGUUUCGCACCGAUUCGAGACUCACUGUUCGGAUCUUAGAUAUGGACAAUGUUGACGGUCAAGGGAGACCUUCGGUAGUCCAAGUGUGGGCAACGCAACAAACAACACAGAAUUGGAGUUUAUUCGUUGGUAAAGUCGAGAGAGAAAUGAGACGAGCUCUUCUUCAGGUCGAGGUUGACAUGAGUGCUGAUGGAGAUAUUGCGAUAGAAUACAUAACGGUAUUUAAUCCGCUGGUUUUGGAACAGUUCUGUAGAGAGUUGGAUGAGACCUACGUACCUCCAUCUACAAGUCGACCAGUAACAACUACUAGUAUCGCAAUGAGAACGACUACAACUUCGACACCCAUCCCAACGAGACCAACCACCAGCACCACUUCUACUACAAAUCGUCCCACGACUACUUCUACUACUAGCUCAACUACGAGCACUACCGCUACUACAUCAACUACAACUUCUACGAGUACUACAACUAGUACUGCACCUACAACAACUACAACGCCAACUACUACUACUCCCACAACUACUACUUCCACAACUACUACUCCCACAACAACUACUCCCACAACUACUACUACUCCGACAACUACUACUACUCCGACAACUACUACUACUCCCACAACUACUACUGCGACGACAACAACCACUCCAACAACUACUACUACGACAACAACUACUCCUUCCACCACUACAACUACUGCAACUUCGACAACAACCACUUCUUCGACAGCAACCACUACUUCUACAACAACUACUCCUUCCACAACUACGACAACUCCAACUACUACGUCUUCGACGACAACUACUACUCCAACGACAACAACUUCUUCCUCAACAACGACUUCUACUACUUCUACAACUACCACGCCGACAACAACAACUAUAUCAUCUACAGUGACUUCUACUACUCCAACUCAAACUCCAACUACUACUACAACAGUAACAACCAGGACCAGUACAACAUUCUCAAGCAGUACUGUUCCAUCAACAAGAACAACAACAACUCCCUCUACAACGUCAACAAUCGAAGUGACUACCGAAUCAGUGAUUCUGACAACAAUCAUAUCUUCAGUUUCAACAAUUCCAAUCACCCGAACAACACCGAGAACAAGUUCUUCAGCAACAGCAACAACUACAGAGCUCAUUACAGAAACAACAAAAACAGUGCCAACGACGCUGGCAACUAAAACUGUCACAAGUUCCAGUACUACUGUACCCCCUAGUCGCACAACGGAAUUCAGCACAUUGGCAACGAUAACCAGCAGCAACAUCGUGAGCAGCACUGAUGUCUCUGGAUCUUCAACAGAAACAAUUGGAACUUUCACAACAACGGUGCCAAGAACAGAAUCUACAAUCGAUUUUAAUGGCCAUACAACUUUAUCGGCAAAUAUCGAGAAUACUGAAACAACGGCCGAAGACAGCACUCAGCUACCUACUCAAUCAAUGGGAACCACCUCAUCUACUCAACCCACCAGACCGCAUGGGUUUCCAUUUUUCCCUUCGGAAUUACCUUUGAUUCAAACAGGUCGAAACGUUUCUCAAGCCAUCUGGAGCUCGAUAACCGGCAUUCUUCUAACUCUGCUAGUUAUGGCUUCGGCCUUAACUGUUUAUCUUCGAGUUCGCUGCAAAUAUCUCAAGCAAUCGGUAGCUCGAGAGCUGGAGCUAUCCGAGGUUCAACCGAGCCAGGUGUCGAAAACCCUACAUCAGUACAUCAAUCCUUUCCCACGAAUGAUACCCCAAAGCACCGAACAACCUCCACAACGUCCCCGCAGGAAACCCAAACGCCAGGCACCGAAUCCAAGACCCCCUUCGACGACCAGCGGAAAUAGUAGCGAAUUCGUCAGCCAUCGACGGUUCACCAAACAACCCAUCAUCGAACAACAGAACCCUAUCGGGAGGCCAUAUUCCCUGGCGGAAGAGAUCAAAAGGACCAAACUCAAAACUCAACUCAAUAAAUUUUAA